UCCUCUAGGCCAUCUCUAGCAGGUCAUUUCGCUUGACAUUUCCUUUUUAAUUUUAAUCAAAGAAUAAAUCCGUCCGGAAAAAAGCAAGGAAACAUGAAUGCCGAAGUGGACAUGGAUGCCGAUAUGGAGUUUCUGGAUAGUGCGAUCGAUGUAGUAUUUGAUGCAGAUCUUACUGUGGAACCGCAAGUACGAAAGCAGCUUUUGGAGCUGGUCUACGCCAGGACCAAUCGACUGCUGAUGCAAGCCCACGAAAAUAGGAACGAUAGGCACAGCAACGACAUUACGCUCGCCGACUGGGAAAAGGUGCCAAAGGUGCAGAAGAAAAAGAGGAGCAAACUACUGAGCAUAGACGAGAAAAACGACAUCAUGGCAAAUCAGAAAUCCGACAUGCCCAUGCCCAGUACCACUGGACCCUGCUCUGGGCUGAUGUUGCCGCCCUGGCGACACUGCAAGAUGGGUCCCACGGCCAUCCUGAAGGAAGUGCAGGCACCACCGGAGAUUGCUACUGCUCCAAGGUCCAGUGGUGCAACCUUCCAGGGGUAUUACUCGGUCAAGGGCGUGCCACGUUUCCCUGCUGCAAAGGCCCUACCAAUGGGUGCCUUUAACUUCCGCUAGGAAUCGAACCGCCCAUCAGACGAGAUAGGAUCCUAUUUCUUAGACUUACAGCAACAGAAACAUUAUGAAUCAAUCAAAUGGGAUUACAUUUCAUCUUAGUUCAAUGGAAAUAAAGAGAAGGAUGUCUCUAACCUCUAGAGAUGGCCAGAAAUGACAUUUGAA